ACCAGUGUGAAGAGUGGCGUUUCCUGAGCAAGCUGUGACUUUAAAAUUCAAAAGAGGUGUGUUGGAGGUCAGCAGUGGCCCAGAAAGAAAUUGAGUUAAGGAGCGGCGCUCUUCAGACUUAAAAGUCUUUGCUGAAGUAAGCCAAGUGGUGAUAUGAUUUUCUUUUUCUUGAAUUACAUCCAAGGGUCCCUAAGCCAUUGUCUUCAUUGACUCAUCUUCAGGGAAAUUCCAAUUUUGUGAAUGCAAACUUUUGGGUCUUCAAGACUGGCUAGCCUCUUCAGCCAUUGCUGUAAACAUCUGUUUUCAGAAUCCCCUAUCUAUGUGUGGCACAACAUUAUGUUAUAUUAAAUGGACUGACAUUACAAAUUGCACUUUACCUUCGACAAACAUAUCCAGAGCUUGGGCUGUAAAAUCUCUGCAUAUUCAUCACAAGACCACUGCACUAAUGACGGCCUGGCAUAAAGUAACCACAAGUGGGGAGCAUUUGGAAAACACUGUGACUGAGAGCAUUACCGUCUGGGAGCGGAUUCGAGCUUCAUCUGCCAGUAGGUUUUUUCAAGAGAAUACACUUGGUAAUAAUGCAUUAGAGACGACCACAGUUUUACCUGUGCAAAUACAGCUUACUCCUGUUAACUUGAACUUGGAAAAAAACAGUGCUCUACCAACUGAUGCCUCUUCUGUGUCAGGAAAAACAUCUCUAAUUUGUACCCAAGAAGUUGAGAAGUUGAAUGAGGCGUUUGACAUUUUGCUAGCCUUUUUCAUCUUAGCUUGUGUUGUAAUCAUUUUUUUGAUCUACAAAGUUAUUCAGUUUAAACAAAAAUUAAAGGCACUAGAAAACUCAGUGGAAAAUAGACUUGAGUAUUACAGCUUUUAUCAGUCAGCAAGAUAUAAUGUAACUGCCUCGAUUUGUAAUACCUCCCCAGAUUCUUUGGAAAGUCCUGGCUUGCAGCAGAUUGGACUUAAUAAACAAAUAGUUCCUGAAAAUGAGGCACAGGUCAUUCUCUUUGAACAUUCUGCUUUAUGACUCAAUUAAAUAUUGACUAUAAAAACCCUGUAGUA